UGGAAGAGCGCGAGGGGUUGCGGUGUUGCUCCGCAUGGUGGUUGCUGAAGGUGGGAGUGGGUCUGGCGGAAACAAGAUGCCGUCGGAGCGGCAGCGCUGGGAGACCCUGGAGGCGCUGAAGCGCUCCAGCAAAGGGCAGCUGAGCUACUGCCCCGACUGGCCGCGGGGCGAGGAUAUUUUGGAAGGAUGCAAGCCCCCUCUGAAGCUGUCUUCUUAUUCUGGCUGGGUUCUGGCUCGAGUGAAUGCCCAGUCUAUACAGGAAACUCCUGUCUCCAGAAGUUCUACGCCCAAUGAAUCCACUCCCCUGAAAGACCAGCUGUCUUCUCUUGUAAAAACUGCUUCUCCUGCCAGCCAGUUAGACUCCUCUCCACUUUCAUCUCCGGCACUGAGUGAAACAAAGACUGAUGAGAAUGUUAAUCUGCUGGAGACUAGCUACAAAGCCUGUCCUGUGGUUUUGCCAUCUAAAGUUACAGAGAUAGAAGGCUGCAUACGGAUGUAUGAGGAGGUUCACAAAUUAAGAGGAAAGGAGGGUCUCAGACAGCGGCAGGAGCAGCAAGAGCAGUUGGCAAAGGCAGUCUCUGACAUGGCAAAUGAACAGCUGAAGCGCUUUGAUGAGCUGAAGGAGUUAAAACAGCAUCAGGAAUACCAGGACCUGCAGGAAGUGAUGGAGAAAAGCUCCAAGGAAGCUCAAGGACAGCAGGAGAAGUUGAAAGAGGAGCAUCGACACAGAGCAAAGAUUUUAAACCUGAAGCUGUGUGAGGCUGAACAGCAGAGGCAACAUCAGGAGGAAAUGGAGCGACUUCGGAAGGAGGAAGGCCAGGAAAGGUUGCGCCGCCUCUAUUCCAUCCAGGAAGAGGUGCUCCAGCUUAACCAGCAGAUUGACCCCAAUUCCAGGCACAAGGACUUGCCAAGGAUAGACUUGUCAGCAUACAGUAACCGUGGCAACCAGAUCUGUGGGCUUGUGUCAGGGCUCAUUCGCACCACCAGUGAGAGAGGAUUCCCUUCUCCUGUAGAUGUGGUCAACACUGAGCGAGUACUGCAGGAAAUGCGAGGGUUAAUUUCUAGCAUGCAGCAGGAAAUUGCUUCAGCAGUAGAAGAGAAAAAAAGGAGGGAUGAAGAAGAGGAGAGAGAGAGGCAGAAAGAGCUACAGAAAAAAGAGCAGCUGAAGGCUCAGGCGCCAGUCCCUGCCCAGCAUCCAGGGGGGAAACAGCAGAAAGAAGCUUCCUUAGGACUUCAAACUAAAGCUGAGGAGAGCACAAUGCAGUGGUAUCAAGAGCUUCAGGACACUGCUGACCAGUGUGUUUUUUCCUUUAGUGGAAUUGCAGACUGCAAAGACAAUCAGGUGAAAAAGAUCAAGAUGGAUCUCCAGAAGGCAGCCACUAUCCCUGUGAGUCAAAUUUCCACCAUAGCAGGCUCUCAGUUGAGAGAGAUAUUUGACAAGAUCAAUAACCUGCUCUCUGGGAAGUCUGUACAAUCUGGAGGGCGAAUGGUAUCAGUGACUCAGCAUCCACAGGGCCUGGAUUUUGUUUAUUACAAACUGGCAGAGAAAUUUGUGAAACAAGGGGAGGAAGAAGUGGCUUCUCACCAUGAAGCAGCUUUCCCAAUUGCUGUGGUAGCUUCAGGAAUCUGGGAGAUACACCCCAGGGUGGGAGACCUCAUCUUAGCUCACCUUCAUAAAAAGUGUCCCUAUUCUGUGCCAUUUUACCCUGCAUUCAAGGAGGGGACUUCAAUGGAAGAUUAUCAACGGACACUUGGUUACCAAGUUACAGAUUCUAAAGUAGAACAGCAAGAUAAUUUCCUUAAGCGGAUGUCUGGAAUGAUCCGUCUUUAUGCUGCUAUUAUUCAACUCCGGUGGCCUUAUGGAAACAAACAAGGGACACACCCUCAUGGGCUGAAUCAUGGCUGGCGCUGGCUGGCUCAGAUGCUGAACAUGGAGCCUCUGGCUGAUGUGACGGCUACCCUUCUCUUUGAUUUCUUAGAGGUGUCUGGCAAUGCUCUCAUGAAGCAAUACCAGGUACAGUUCUGGAAAAUGAUGCUCCUUAUUCGAGAAGACUAUUUUCCCAGGAUUGAAGCAAUCACCAGCUCUGGACAGAUGGGUUCUUUAAUGCGUUUCAAGCAGUUCUUGGAGAAAUGUUUGCAGAAGCAGGAAAUUCCUUUACCGAAAGGUUCUCUGCAGUCAUCUUUCUGGAGGUCAUGAGGCAGAUCCUUCCUAUUUUCAUCUUCACAAGAGUCGAAAGGAUUUCCUGGUCUGGCUUCCUGUUUCAUUUGGGGAUAAAAUAAAAAAAAUAAUUUCUAUUGUGUUUUUAACAUGGGAUUUAUGUUUUAUGUUGAACAGUGUUUCAGGAACGCUUCUUUGUCUAAUUUAUUUUGCAAAUUAUUUUAAAUUAUUCUGUUAAGAUUUGAUUAACUUUGUAGACGUUAUUGUGCAGUAAAUUAUGGAAUAUCAGAUACAUCUUCAUGUCUUUACUGUGUUGUUUAAUAAGUGUCAAAUCUGUGGAAAGUAUCUCAAAGUUACAUUGGACUCCAGAGUUUAUAGUAAGUGGUGACACUCGGGGAUUUUGCACACAAUUGACAGUCUGUCCAGGCUUUUACGUGACACAGCAGAAGUGGAAGUACUUCAAGGUUUUAUGGAGCCUUGGAUAUACUGAGGUCAAAAUAUAAAAAAUUAAGCUUCAAAAAUCUAUUUUUGUAUUUCAUGUGUUCAGUUGUUUAAUUAUGUUGAUAUGGUUGCAUCCUGUGGAAAAAAAUGUUUAAAUUGCUAGCCUAAAAGUCCCCAAAAAUAGGUAGAGGUGGUUAGGCUUACACGGCUGCUCUGAUUUCUGUUGAAUGUCACUUUGCUUUGAGAAACUCAGUAUUAUCUGGGGGGAGAUGCUUUUCUCUGGGGAAGACCUUUUAAAAUGAACAGCUUUUUAAUGUUUUAAAAACCUUGCUCUUCCAUUGCAAAAAUGUCUUUAUUUAUAUUGGACAGACUUGAUUUUUAUAAUUACAAUAGGUGAUACGUUGUCUGCUAAAGAACAUUUCACUUCACUGAAAAAAAGAUUUGCAGGUGUGCGAGUGAGUAAGUAAGUAAAUAAAAUGUAGUAUUUUCACCAAGAGUUUCUAGAGAGAACUCUGCAUUCAUGAUCCAUUGCAUGAACUGAAAGUUAGGGUUAGUCUAAAAAGUAAGCAUGGAAGAAUACUUAAGAGACCAUACAGAUACUUUUGCUGUUAUGUGAACAGAAAAGAAGUUUCCUUGGCUUGUUCCAGUAUGAACUGAAAUGUAACACAAAUGUAUAUUUAAAAAGAGCCUUUAUAAUUUUAACCAGUUUCUUUCUUAACAAGGAAUAUAUCAGUUUAACUGCAGAUUGUGUAUACAGUAUGGUGAUAAUUUUAUCCUGUGCUAAUGUAAUGGAUUAUGAUAAAAAAAUAGUUCAUUUUAGAAACUUACUUGGGGGGGGGGGGGAAAUCAUGCUUAAACUUUGCAAUUUUACUACUUUCUGUGGGUGCCUGGAAAGGUGAUCAAGCAAGGCUCUGAGCAUCCUUAUUGGGUCACUCCAUGGGGUAUAUGUUUAUGGUAAGUGAGAUUUUGGAUGUGAUCUUUGACAUUUAGCUGAUGGUAUGCACUCCAUGACAUGCUGCCUUUCAAUGGCCUAUGUGAAAUCUGUUUAUCUAGUUCCUAGCUUCCAUGGUUCUGCACUUCAGAAAGCCCUUACCAUCCUCACAGCUGGAUAGCAAUUUAAUGCUGACAGGG